UUGCACUACUCCGUAUGCCCCCCAAAACGCUUAAACCUUGAGAGCCACCACGGUCACUUUCGUCUCAAGGGACCCAGCUCAACGCGCUACGUGGCGGCUCCUGAGACACAAUGUCCCCUCGGUUACAUGCUUUGUCUGAAGCUGACAUUGAGCAGCUGUGGCCCUACACCAUGGCCUUCCGUCGCGAACUCUUCAGUCAAAGCUCCCUUGGAGUAUCCUAAACAACUAUACGAAUAGUCGACAACCCCCCGUUCGACAUGACAAUAUGGCCAAUCGACGACAACGGCGUGCCAUAAUCAUCGCCGUAAUCCUUUUCGGUCUCUUUGCUUUCCACAGCCUUCAUUCCAGCAGGGAACCGCCUCCCGUCGUCCGCGAACAUGUCAACAUUCGCCUCGUUAAGAGCAGCUUCGACUGGGCCAACCAUCGUCACAAGUACCCCGUAUCCCCGUCACGAAUGCACCAUCUGCCUACGCAACGGCCAAAGACUCUUCCGCGAGUCCAAUUCAAAUUUGGCGCGAAGCGAAUGCGCAAGAACGAUGCGAAAUCUGAAUCGCGACGAAUGGCGGUCCGAGAAGUCUUUGUCAAGAGCUGGAAUAGUUACAAGGAGUACGCGUGGGGCUUUGACGAGCUGACGCCGGUUACGGCCAAGGGGAAAGAUACCUUUGGCGGUUAUGCGGCAACUCUGGUUGACGCGCUCGACUCCCUGUGGAUAAUGGACUUGCGCGAUGACUUUGAUGCUGCCUUAUCCGUCAUUGGAGCCAUGGAUUGGGAUGAUACAAAGGAGACGGCUGUCAAUGUCUUUGAAACCACUAUCCGUCAUCUUGGAGGAUUAUUGAGCGCGUACGACCUUAGCGGGGAACCCGUGUUGUUGCUCAAGGCCAUUGAGCUCGGCGACAUGCUAUAUGCGGCCUUUGACACACCGAAUAGGAUGCCUCCUUUCUGGUUGGAUUUUCAGCUUGCUAAGGAGGGAAAGCUCGUGGCUGGUACAUCAGAUCCUUCAGCAUCGCCAUGUUCGCUAUCGCUUGAGUUCACAAGACUCUCGCAAGUGACCGGGGACCACAAGUACUUUGACGCAAUCGAGAGAGUCAAGCUUUUUCUCGAGAGCACGCAGCGGGAGACUCAACUUCCAGGUAUGUGGCCGGCGCUCAUCAACUUCCGGGACGAGAGUGUUUUGCAACACAACGAGUUCACAUUGGGAGCACUUGCCGACUCUCUGUACGAGUAUUUGCCCAAGAUGCAUGCUCUGCUCGGAGGGACGGACCCAGCCUACGAGAAGAUGUAUCGACAUGCGAUGCACGUUGUUGAGCAGUACCUCCUGUUCCGUCCAAUGCUCCCCGACAACGAGGAUAUCCUAUUCUCUGGGACAGCGUUUGCCGAAGGCGAUGUGCGGCGCAACCCCGAGAGCCAGCACUUGUCGUGCUUCGUUGGCGGGAUGUUUGGGCUGGGCGGCAAGCUUUUCGGUAUCAAAGAGCACAUGGGUCUCGCCGAAAGGCUGGCCCGCGGCUGCGGGUGGGCGUACAACUCAUUCCCAACAGGUCUGAUGCCGGAGAUCUUUGGCAUGGUUCCUUGCGAGACACUGGAUGGCUGUCAAUGGGACGAGGGGCGGUGGAAGCGCGAAGGCGCAUCAGGGUUGAAAAAGGGGUUCUCACACGCGCGGGACCCCCGCUACAUUCUGCGUCCAGAGGCGAUUGAAAGUAUCUUCCUGAUGUAUAGGAUGACUGGAAACCCGGAGUACCAGGAAAUAGCAUGGACAAUGUUUCAGUCUAUUGUGAAUGCGACAGAAACUGAGAUUGCCAACUCGGCUAUUGAGGACGUCACUGUCAGAGGAGAAACGAAGAAGCUUGAUUCAAUGGAAAGUUUCUGGAUGGCGGAAACGCUGAAGUAUUUCUAUCUCAUCUUCUCGCCUCCUAGCCUAGUUAAUCUUGACGAGUAUGUCUUGAACACAGAGGCACAUCCGCUUAAACGACGGUUGUUAUAA